AUGCCCCUCCCCCCUGCACAUGCCCCCCUCCCCCCUGCACAUGCCCCCCUCCCCUCUGCACAUGCCCCUCCCCCCUGCACAUGCCCCUCCCCCCUGCACAUGCCCCUCCCCCCUGCACAUGCCCCUCACCCCUGCACAUGCCCCUCCCCCCUGCACAUGCCCCUCCCCCCUGCACAUGCCCCUCCCCCCUACACAUGCCCCUCCUCCCUGCACAUGCCCCUCCCCCCUGCACAUGCCCCUCCCCCCUGGACAUGCCCCCCUCCCCCCUGCACAUGCCCCCCUCCCCUCUGCACAUGCCCCUCCCCCCUGCACAUGCCCCUCCCCCCUGCACAUGCGUGCAUCGCUCCCUACAGCGCCCUGGGAGCAGACGGCUGCUUGCUCACCGGCACCGUCGACGACCUCUCGUGGCUCUCCUCCCUCUCCGCCCUGCACACACUGCACCUGAGCGCCCUGGCGGAGGUCACAGGGGACCUCCCUUCCUUCGCCAUGCUGUCGCACAUCGACACCCUCCAGGACCUCGGGGCCACAGGGGAGAUCCCCAGGGAGAUCCGCUACAUGACUGCCCUCACUGCACUCGACCUCUCGUAUCUCCGUGCCAUGGAGUUCCCCAACUGGGUCACCCACCUGUCCAACCUUCAGUCCCUGUAA